AUGGCUCUUCCUACGCUGUGGAGAUCUACUGCCCGGUCUACACGUGCAGCUCUAGCCGCUUUGGUGGCUACGUCAUCAUUGGUGUUGUUGCUUAAAAUACACUAUGUGAACCAAUUGGAAGAACCCACCAGCCUACAUGCUAUCAAUGUUCCCUUCAUCCAGUUGAUCCCUAGACACGCUAUCACGCACCCCUGGGUGUUUGUGACGGCGAUUUUUGCAGAGAUUUCCAUCUUGCUGUUCUUGGUAUCCGCAGUUGUGCUUUUUGCUGCCACAAACUACAUCGAGAAGUUCUGGGGCCCUACGGAGGUGCUCAAGUUCAUUGUCUUGGUCGGCUCCAUCACAAACUUGACCACGGUGAUGAUUGCCAUCGUGAGUAAUAUAUUCAGAGAAGACGUGGGCGGCAUGGACAAGCCAUUGGGUGGCGGAAUCUCGUACUUUUUCGGGUUCCUCGUGGUGCUCAAGCAAAUCAUUCCAGAGCACAAUGUGAUCUUGUUCCAGGGCCUCAUCAACUUCCGCGUGAAACACGUUCCAUUCAUGCUUUUGGUGGCGGUAAGCUUGUGGUCGUUGAUUGUCUCGAGAUCCUUAUACCCUGCCGUGCCCUCUGUGGUGUCCUUUUUCGUCUCAUACAACUACUUGAGAUUCUACCAGACCUUCUCGAGCGAUCCACUUUUGCCAGUUACGUCGGUCAGCGGUGACCAGAGCAACGCCACCGUCACUAGCGGAGACGCGUCCGAUGCCUUCCAGCUCGUGGAAUUCUUCCCUCGCGCCAUCAAAGCACCCGUGUCGGUGGUUGUAAACCUGAUCUAUGACGUGAGUGUGCUUUUGGGCAUUGUGACGCCAUUCAACGAUGACGCUGUCGAACAGAGUAACUUGCGUGCCCAGAAGCUUUCUGAGCAGGUGAGCCAGGCUAACAGGCUGAUUGCCAACUCUGUGGCUGAGAGAAGAAGGCAGGUUGCCCUUCAAGUGAUCGAGGACCGCGUCGGUCUGACAUAA